UUAAGUGGUAGUUGUAUUAAAACAAACUCUUGCGAAUGAAGUGCAAAAAUGGAUGGUCUUACCCUUGCGAUAUGGAAUGUACCUAGCCCAUUCUGCAGCUCUGCAAUGCAACUUUUUACGGCGUUCUGGCUUGGCAAUAUUAUGCAGAUUUUGCACUUCUGCAGCGCUGCUCCCGAAAGCCAGCGGUCCCCACAUCGUGCCCAGAACACUGGAGUUAACGACGAUUAUAUAUUGGUGACGCCUGUUGAAAUUGGCCCUGACGGGGGUCAUCUGCCCAAGAGCCGACACAAAAGAUCAGCGCCUUCGGGGUCCCUGCACUACAAACUGUCCCUCCCGGGACAAGAUUUAAUCCUGGAUUUGAGCCGCUCCAGUCUGUUGGCGAGAGGUUUCACGGUGUACACGCUGGGCCUGGAUGGGGUCACAGAGAGACCCAUGCCCGCCUCCCAGGCGAACUGCUUCUAUCAGGGGUCCGUCAGAGACCACGGUUCUUCUUCGGUGGCCGUGUCCACGUGUGGGGGCUUGUCAGGUUUAAUACGGAGCCAAGAAAAUGAAUACCUUAUAAUUCCAUUGCCUCAUCACCUGGCACCGAGACACAACUACACCUCAGCUGCUGGGCAGCGACCUCAUGCCCUCUACAAGCGAUCAGUGGAGCAGAGACUACAGCAGCAACUGGUGGGUAGAGAACCAGAUCACCAGCAUCACUAUCUCCAUUCUUCCCGCUACCAACAGCACAAGUACCAGCAGCGAGCGAGAGACGAAAAGCAACACUACUGUGGGCGGCGAAAGAAAUACAUGCCUCAUCCUCCAGCAGAGGGUAUCCACAUCCUGCCCGAUGAAUACAGCCCCAGGGGCAGGUUAAAGCGCACUGCCCUUAAUUCACCGAAGAACCAGGGGCUGACCGUCGAGACUCUGGUGGUUGCGGACAAAAAAAUGCUAGAGAAGCAUGGCCAGGAGAACAUCACCACCUACAUCCUGACUGUCAUGAACAUGGUGUCCAGUCUUUUCAAAGAUGGGACGAUCGGAAGUGACAUAAAGAUUAUGGUUGUGAGCUUACUGCUCUUGGAAAAGGAUCCACCCGGUUUGGUGAUCAGCCAUCACGCAGACCAGUCGCUGAACAGCUUCUGCCAGUGGCAGUCGAGGUUGAUGGGCAAGGACGGCAGGCGGCAUGACCACGCCAUGCUGCUCACCGGAUUGGACAUCUGCUCCUGGAAGAAUGAGCCUUGUGACACCUUGGGCUUUGCUCCGAUCAGUGGGAUGUGCAGCAAGUAUCGAAGCUGCACCAUCAACGAGGACACAGGAUUAGGCCUAGCUUUUACCAUCGCUCAUGAAUCCGGACAUAACUUUGGCAUGAUUCACGAUGGAGAAGGGAAUCCAUGUCGGAAAACCGAGGGGAAUAUCAUGUCUCCCACCCUGGCUGGGAACAAUGGGAUCUUCUCAUGGUCUGUGUGCAGCAGGCAGUAUCUCAGCAGAUUCCUCAGUACAGCUCAGGCUUCUUGCCUGGUCGAUGAACCGAAGCAGCUCUAUGAGUACCAAUACCCCAGCCUGCUGCCAGGCCAGCUCUACGAUGCAGACACGCAGUGCAAGUGGCAGUUUGGAUCAAAGGCGAAGUUGUGUUCCCUCGACUUUGUGAAGGAUAUUUGCAAAGCUCUUUGGUGUCAUAGGAGUGGCCACAGAUGUGAAACUAAGUUUAUGCCAGCUGCAGAGGGAACAAUGUGUGGACUUAAUAAGUGGUGUCGGCGAGGUCAGUGCCUGAAACUGGGUGACAACGGGCCCAAGCCCAUCAACGGUCAGUGGUCCGGCUGGUCAGAGUGGUCGGAGUGCUCCCGGACCUGCGGCGGUGGAGUAUCCUACCGGGAGAGACACUGCAACAAUCCAAAGCCUCAGUACGGUGGCAAGUUCUGCCUAGGAUCCACCCGGACCUAUCAGAUGUGCAACAUCCAGGCCUGCCAAGGCAACGGCGUUGAUUUUCGAGCUCAGCAGUGUGCCGAGUACAACAGCAAACCCUUCAGGGGGUGGUAUUACAAGUGGAAGCCCUACACAAAGGUUGAUGAUGAAGAUGUUUGCAAGCUGUAUUGCAUUGCUGAGGAUUUUGAUUUUUUCUUCGCCAUGUCCAACAAAGUGAAGGAUGGUACCCUUUGUGUUGAGAACAGAUUUGAUGUCUGCGUUGACGGCAUGUGUGAGGCAGUGGGGUGUGACCGAGUUCUGGGGUCAAAGGCCACCAUGGAUGCUUGCGGAGUGUGCAACGGAGAUAAUUCAACUUGCAAAUUCUUUCAAGGGCAAUACCUUCAGCAGCACCGGGCAAACGAGUACUAUGCUGUUGUUACCGUUCCUGCCGGGGCUCGCAACAUCCACGUGCGCGAGCUGGAGAUCUCCACUAGUUACCUGGCCGUGCGCAACCUGACGGGCAAGUACCACCUGACUGGAGAUUGGACCGUUGACUGGCCAGGGAAGUUCGUCUUCGCAGGAGCCGAGUUCAGCUACCAGCGUUCUUUUGACAAACCCGAGAGCCUGUUUUCAGCCGGACCGACUAAUGAGUCGCUCGUCUUUGAAAUCCUGUUACAAGGCAAGAAUCCAGGUAUUGUGUGGGAGUACACUUUACCCAAGUCUGCUAAUGAAAGCAAGGCCAGUGUGCCGAGGCACAACUACACCUGGGUGGUCGUGAGAUCAAGUUGCUCUGCAUCAUGUGCUGGAGGAAAAAUGGUGACCAUGGCCUAUUGUCUGCAGGACCACCUCAUUCAGGUCAACACCAGCUUGUGCACAGCACACACAAAGCCUGUGACAGGAACGGUAACCUGUAACACUCAGCCAUGCCCUGCAAGCUGGUCUACGGGCAAGUGGGAUGAGUGCAGCAGGUCCUGCGGGGGAGGGGAGCAGACCCGCCAGCUCCAGUGCUUCCGCAAGGUGGCCUUCCAACACGACCAGGCCGUGCCUCACUCCAUGUGCCCCAUGGUAACACCCCCUCAAGUACAGCCCUGCAACGUCCACGAUUGCCCUCCUGAAUGGAGCACAGGACCAUGGACCCAGUGUUCCAAAACCUGUGGCCGGGGAUUGAGAAAGCGCAACGUCUACUGCAGAAGCACAAACCCAACGUCGAAACCGCACACCGUCCCGGACAGCCUGUGUAGCCAGGAAACAAAGCCGAAGAAUCAGGAGAUGUGCGUGCUGCGGAGGUGCCCGAAGAAUGACCGACUGAGGUGGAUCACAUCAGCCUGGGCGGAGUGCUCGGUGUCCUGCGGUCCCGGCAUACAAAAGCGGGAGCUGAAGUGCAGCGAGAAAAGUCUGUCGGGAAAGUACGUCCCAUUCCCUCAGAGGAGAUGUCGACACCUGCCCAAGGCAAAAGUCGAUCUUGAGCGAGCGUGUAACCUGGGUGUCUGCCCCAAUCCUUCCAUGAACCAAAUUCUUAAUAACGCCGCACCGGCAUGGUACGCGUCGCCAUGGCAACAGUGUACGGUAACGUGUGGGGGUGGAGUCCAGAUCCGAACCAUGCAUUGCCUGCGGCAGGGGAGACCCUCGGUGGGAUGCCUCAUCCACCAGAAACCAGCCGUGUCGAGAGCUUGUAAUACAGUCUUCUGUCCAUCAUCCAGGAAAGAUCUCAACUGUGUUGACUACUUUAGCUGGUGUCACCUGGUGCCACAACAUGGUGUCUGUGGCCACAAGUUCUACGGCAAGCAAUGCUGCAAGUCCUGCAACAGAACCAAUCGAUAGCGAUCAGCAUCAUAGCUGCUGUGCUCACCUGGACCUCCUCUCUUAAACACCCCACUCCUUUCCCCACGGCUCUUCCCAACAAGAUUAUUUAUUGGCUGCGGUCAAGAAGGAUUGACUUAGUCCAACAAAAGGGCGGAUGCCUAAAUCAGCGCCCCUUGUGGUCCUUUAUUGAGGUGGUUGAGGGACAGGUUUGGACAAAGGUCAGUAGGCUGUUACGUCACCCUUACCAAUGAUUGAUGGGCUGUUGGAAUCCAGCAGGACUUGAAGGACUAAUAAUGAAGAUGAGAUGAUCCGUUGGUGCUAUACAGACUUUGAAACUUUAAAGUAUUUGCCAGCAAAUCCAACUCUUGUUGAUGGUAUUUUAUCCAGCUGGAUAAAUAGAAUAUUCAUCAGUGUGGAAAAUCAGACAAUUACCUAGGUAUAAAAAAUAUAUAUAUACAUAAAAUGUGCAUUUUUGUAAGAAAUAUUAACAGUUUGUGUGAUUGUUUUCAUAUGGGUUUGCGUGUGUUUGUGAGUGAGUGUGUGCAUGAGUGUGUGUGUGAAUAUUCUAUAUAAAACGAGCCUGUGGACUGCGAUUGCUUUGUGAGAGAACAAGGUUAAUGCACUUACUGAUGGAUGGGGAAUGACUGUCUUCAGAAGAAUGUCGAGCGCGACAUUAAGAAUGUGGUGCUAAUUUCCAGCCUAACAGCCUGUCCCAAGCUGAGCUACCGGCCUUUCUUUUAAUGUAGGAAUAAUGUAAGCUUCAUACACCAAACUGCCUGUUGGAUAUUCAGUAUGUGUGUGUUUGCAUGUGAGAAAUAUCAUUAUAUCUUUACAAUGGAAAAUCUUCCUUAAUACUUCCAUAAACCAAUGUAAAAAGUUCUGAAAAGCACGGAGUAUUCACAAAGUCCAUGAUGGUCCUGAUCUAAAUUGAAGCUAAUCCAGUCUACACACACAUGGUCUACAGUACUGUCAAUGAGGAGUGGAAAAGAAGUUCGUAAAUCUGGCGAUAACAAGGAAUGUUGGGAAUGUCAAGGGUGCAAUACUUAAAAAUUACUACAGUACUGUGCAAAAUCUUAGGCGCUCUAGUAAUACAUAAGUGCCAAAAACUUUUGCACAGUACUGUUUCUAUAUAAAGUUGCUGAGAGAAAGGCAUGUAUUUUAAAGGAAAUGUUUAUCAGAAAGAUCCAGUGAUUCUAAGAGAAGGACUUAAACUAUCCUGUGUGUUUACUAAUUCCAUGAUUGUCCCCUGUGGCAACUGGUGAGUGAUACUGGAAACUACAAUGUCAUUAGGUAGGUAAUCACACAGCGUGGAAGGAAACCAUUCGCCUGUCAAGGCUGUGAUUGAUCUCUGCAAGAGCUUAUCUCAGACCUGGCUGCUGUACCCUCUACAUGAUGUAGAUAAAAACCAGGCAGUGUGAGACUCUAAUUCAUCCGAUGAAGUCUUCACAACAUCGCUCCCGAAAGCCCAAUCUUACUCCCACCACAAUCCUUACAGGGAAAUAAACAGUACCAGCACAUGGAUACAAACAGUGUGCAAGGGAGAUGGAAGCAAUGUUAUGGACUCUCUUUCUUGUCCAUCCUGGAUCAUAGUAAGGUGUACUCCAGGACAACAGUCAGAGGAUCUACUAGCACCGGUGAAUUGAGGUCAUACUUGCCAAAGACUCCUGUAAGUGUGAAAUGCACAAUGUAGGCAUCCAUGUGCAUUAAUUUGCUUCCUUUGGAAUUCAGCAAAACAAAGGGCAAAUUUCCACCAGCCUGGCCACUGACAGUGUUAUUGGGCUACACCAGUUUUUCACCAAGGUGUACAUACACAUAUUUAUCCACCAGAAUACCAACCUAUACCUUCAUUCUGCCUCACUCUCAUUGUACUCCGUGUACUCCAUAGGAAUGUCAACUCUGCCUGGAAACUUUGUUUUGGAGGUUCCAUCACAUGAUACAACUAGGCCAUCAACCCCCUACAGGAUUUAUGCUGCCAACCUCCUCUGUUCGCCAUCAAGGCAAACUGCCUUUACUCAACAAAUCUGGAAAGCAAGCAGAUUGUUUGUUAAAUAAUAGGUUCUUUACCCCAUCUCCUUUGUUGUUCCAACAAAAAUGUUGACAAAGUUAAAAUAAUGCACACUCUUGCUGAACACCUUCCAUGUUUUGCUAGUAGAAAUUGGUUAUAAAGCUUCUGAAGGCUGCUGGGCCAUAAGAUAUAGGAGCAGAAUUGGGCCAUUCAUCAUGAUCUAUUUUCUCAACCCAAAUCUGAUGCUUUCUAUCAAUAUCCUUUCAUUCCCUGACUUAGCAAGAACCUAUCAACCUUUGCCUUAAAUAUGCCCAAUGACUUGGGCCUGUGGCAACAAGUUGCACAGAUUCACCACUCAGUGCUGAUCUCUUCUAAAAGGACAUCCCUCUGUGCUGAGACUCCUAGGUGGAUUUUGAAUGGCAAUUUGUUGAACAACAUAUCAAAGUACCAGUGGAUAGUUUUUUCUCUUGUGAAAUUAGUCAGUGCUUGCAGAAGUAAUUUCACUUUGUGUUGCAAUAAAUUUUCAAGAAGAUUCUGCACUGUCUCAGAUACUUCCCAUCAGAUUUUCAAGUUCAAAUUUAUUGUCGUUCAAUCAUACACAUGUAUACAGCUAAACAAAACAUCAUUCUUCAGGGGCCAGUGUGCAAAACACAAUGCAUACAGUCACAUACAGCUCAUAUAGUACAAUCCAGCUCAUAGGCAACUGCAGAGCACCCUGGACCGUUGUGGAAGGAGAUAUGUAAAUACAUCCAUAUAAAUCUUCAGCAUUUUCUUUCCCUUUCUUACCUGAGCUGAGCAAUGCAGCCCAGAAAUGGGGGUUUUGUAUCAAUGUGAUUAUCCCAAUCAAGAUGCCCAUUUAGGCUAAUCCCAUUUAUCAGCAUUUGGCCCACAUUCUCUCUAAAGGUUUGCAUGUUCCUGCUUCAGCGAUUUUCUCUGGCAAUGCAUUGCAUAUAAGCACUUCCCUCUGCUUGAAGAAUUUGCUUUGGGUUUGUUUUAUAUCUUUCCCUUCUCACGUUAAAUUUAUGCCCUAUAGUUUUUGUUUCCCUUUCCCUGGGGGAAAAAAGACCGUGUGCAUUCACUCUAUAGUGCCCUUCGUGAUUUUAAACACCUUUGUAAGAUCGCCCCUUAGCCUGCUACGCUCCAGGGAAUAAAGUACCAGCCUGCCCAACCUCUUCCUAUAACCCAAGCACUCGAGAUCUGGCAAAGCUCUCGCAAGUCUUCCUUGCACUGUUUCUGCUUAAACAUGUGUUUCUCGAUAAUAGGGUAACCAGAAUGGUACACAAUACCUGUGUAGGUUUUGCUUGCUUUAAAUCCAAAAAUGUUUUUGAUUCAAACUCUCAUGAAGAUAUUGAGUUUUACUUUCUCCCUAUACCCUUUUUGUAGAAGUACCUCCUGAAUUUUAGUUGCUGCUGAAGGGUCCCAGCCCAAAUUGCCGAGUGUUCAUUAAUUUCCAUCGAUGUUCCUGACCUGCUGAGUUCCUCCAGGUUUUUCUGUGUGUAGCUCUGGAUUUCCAGCACCUGCAGAAUCUCUUGUUCCUCCUGAAUUAGAUUCCUCCUUUAGAUUUAUUAGUGAUUAACACCUUGCCAUUUGACCAAGAUAUUGCUGUUCUGAUCUUGGCUUUGCUCCAUGUCCUGUCAAAUCCCCCUUAACCCUUGAUACCCCCUUAAUCCUAAAAUCUAUUUCAAUCCUGAAUUUUCCUUACAUUGUUGUGCCCCCGGUGUUGUCUGCAAAUCGAGCCGUCUCUAGUAGUGGUAUGAUCACUAGUUGAUUAUGAUGUUUUCUAAGAGAUUGCCUAUUGGUGGGUCUUCAGGUGAAUGUAGAUACCGGAUCUACGUAUUCUGAUCCAGUGGGGGCAAGAGUAAGUGGUCGCUGUGAUUAGUGGCUGGGUUUUUUUCUUGUUUAGUCUCUCCUUUCAUAGCUGCCUCUUGAUCUCUGUAGCACGGGGUUCGUCACUCCCAUGCAGCAUAGAAUUCUUCCAGCUGUUUAUAUUGACUGCAGUAUCUUCCCAGUUUUUAGAUGUAAUGUUGAAUUUCUUCAGGCUGAUUUUGACAUUUGAGGCUUUUUCUUUGCUCACCAGAAGCUCGUUUGUGUUCCUUUAACUAAGAGUAAAAGAUUUGUUUAUAAAAGGGAUAGAUAAGAUAGAGGUAGGAAAGUUGUUUCCACUGGUAGGUGAGACUAGAACUAGAGGACAUAGACCCAAGAUUUUGGGGGAGUAAGUCUGAGACGGUGAUGAGGAGGAACCACUUUCCCAGAGGGUGGUGAAUAUGUGAAAUUCUCUGCCCAAUGAAUCAGUGGAGGCUUCCUUAGUAAAUAUAUUUAAGACGAGGUUGUAUAGAUAUUUGCACAGUAGGGGAAUUAUGUGUUAUGGGGAAAAGGCAGGUAGGCGGACAUGAGUCCAUAGCCAGAUCAGCCAUGAUCUUAUUGAAUUGCGGAGUUGGCUGGAUGGGCCAGAUGGCCUACUCUUGCUCCUAUUUCUUAGGUUCUUGCGUUUGGAAAGACAUCGCUAGUGCUAUCAUGGUCACACCAGUCAUAACUUUUAACUUCAGUCUUUUCUGGAGAAUGGCAGACCUUUCUUCACACAAGUCAAGAUAAAGCUGGCUGUCGGAUGGCAUUGCAGUAUUAAGAUAAUGAAGACAAAUUAGGAGCCCAGUGAGUGUUCAACGACUGGACUAAGAAAAACUAAGCGCCUAGUUGCCAAAUGCUGAGUAGAGUCUCCAUCACUACAGCCCACACAAGAGAUGUUGAAUUAAGCACAAGACUAGCUAGGGGAAUGAAUGGGAUGGGUGGUGAGAUUUUGGUGAAAUUAGCUGAAUUUGAUGUUUCUGUCUGUCUGUAGCUCAACCAGCUACUGUAGGUGAGAGGAAGGAGAGGCAGUAUGGAGUUACCAGGCAUGUGAGAGACAAGUGCUUUCAAGGAAUAUGUGGAGGAAUGCAAUGCUAAGAGUUCUCUAAGUGGUAGUAUAAAUUCGACAGGCUGAACAGCCUCCUAUGCUGUGAAAAAAACCUGGAGUGGUAUGUCUUAGUGAAGGGAAGGGAAAAGAGCAAGUGGGGUCCCAGCCUAAUUCUAUAUUUUUUUAUUAGGGAAACAGAGUGAAUUAUGAGAUUGGAAUUCUGUCAUGCACCUUUGUUGCCCAAAACCUAACUUAAGGGGAGUGAAAAUCCUGAUUUAUUAGAAAACUGAUUAGAAUUUUGGAGAGGCUGGAAGAUAACUAUUUUAAGCCCUCUUUGAAAAAGCAAGAUUGAGGGAAAAAUACUCGUACUUUAAUUCUUCUUGCCAUUUAUUUCUGAAGUUGAUUCAUAUAUUAUGUAUCUGAUGGUUUGCUUUCGAGGCCUUUUUAAACUAAAUAUUAUAUUGCUUGUACAUUUUUUAAUUUAUUAUCAAAUUCAUGUAGUGGGUCUCCCCAUGUACCAGCCAAGCAGGAACGUGAAAAUAUUGUGAUGGUUGCAAUGUGUUAUUGAA